AUGGCAACUGCAACUAUGGCCACAGCAGCUGGAGCAGCUGCUCUUCUAUACUACACGUUAAACCGGAAAUUAAUAGCCGGUCCAUCUGAUGUUGACGAUGAGAAUUCCGAAACUUCUUCUGCUCCUCGCGCUUCUUUGAGGAUUGACCGUGUUUCGCAUAGGCUUAUUCAAGCUCCAGCAACUUGGCUGGAGACUAUUUCCACUCUCUCUGAGACUCUUCGUUUUACUUACUCCGAGACUCUAGGGAAGUGGCCAAUUGGAGAUCUUGCCUUUGGGAUCAAUUUUCUCAUCAAGAGGCAGAUAUUGAAGCCAGCUUAUACGGUUCUUGUCGAUCACAAUACAAAAUGUUUUCUGUUGUUGAUCCGUGGUACGCAUAGCAUCAAGGACACCUUGACGGCUGCCACAGGAGGAAUUGUGCCGUUCCAUCAUACUGUUGUGAACGAGAGUGGGGUCAGCAAUUUGGUUUUAGGAUAUGCACAUUGUGGUAUGGUUGCUGCUGCUCGGUGUAUAGCAAAACUUGCCACCCCUUGUCUUCUCAAGGGUCUUGAGCAAUAUCCAGAUUACAAAAUCAAGAUCGUUGGGCACUCAUUGGGCGGUGGAACGGCUGCGCUUCUAACAUAUAUAUUGCGGGAGCAGAAAAUGCUCUCUACAGCUACAUGUGUUACAUUUGCUCCAGCUGCUUGUAUGACUUGGGAAUUAGCUGACUCUGGGAACGACUUCAUAGUAACUGUCAUAAAUGGAGCUGAUCUGGUGCCUACAUUUUCUGCUGCAUCAGUAGAUGACCUACGCGCUGAGGUAACAGCAUCUGCUUGGCUAAAUGAUCUGAGAAAUCAAAUCGAACGGACUCGAAUCCUCAGCACCGUUUAUCGCUCAGCGACGGCUCUAGGAUCCCGCCUUCCUUCUAUGGCCACUGCCAAAGCAAAAGUUGCUGGUGCGGGUGCAAUGUUACGCCCAGUGUCUAGUGGCACACAGGUUGUGAUGAGAAGAGCCCAGAGUAUGCUGACCCGUCCUGCACUAAGCUUAUCUUCUUGGUCAUGUAUGGGACCACGGCGCAGAGCUCCUGCGACUCAAUCAAUCUUGGAUUCUGAAGCAAUGUCCCAAGUUAGAUCCGAAACUUCAGAUUCUCUUCUUGUUACCACGAGCUGUGAUUCCAUAGAUGAAGAAAUCACCGGGAAGUGGAAAUCAGAAGCUGAGUGUUCUAACUACGGUGAGACAUCAGCUCGUCUUGGAGCCACUGAUCUUGACGAGUGCGAGGAUCCAGCGGAAAUCGAAACACGGGAAGAGCGAAUGACUGAAGCCGAGCUGUGGCAGCAGCUGGAGCAUGACCUUUACCACGACGACUCUUCAGAGCUGCCUGAAGAAGCCGAUGUGGCAAAAGAGAUCAAAGAAGAAGAAGAAGCUGUCAUCGCAGAAGCCGGUGUGUCCCAGCCAGAAAUCAGGACGCCUGAGAUGAAAGAAUCCCACAGAUUUCUCCCGCCGGGGAAAAUUAUGCACAUUGUCACGGUCCGGCCUGAGGCGGUAGAGGCUAACGAAGAAGAUGACGGCUCCGCCCUCGAGAGGCCUGAGAGAGUGGAGACGGUGGAGGAGGGUAGAGUAGGAAUCUUUCUAACGCCGAGGUCAUUGUAUAGUAAGGUGAGGUUAUCGCAGAGGAUGAUAAGCGAUCAUUUCAUGCCUGUUUACAGACGACAGAUCGAACGGGUAAUACAAGAGCUUACACCGGAACAGCCUUAA